GCCAAUCGAGCGAGGCGCCGCGCCGCUCGUGAGGGGUCACGUGGCCUCCCCGCCGCGUCCUUCCGUGCGGAGCCCCCCGCGCUGGAGGCGAAGGCGCCGGUGCCGCCCGGCCAUGCUGGUCAGCAGGAGGCUGAAGCGCCUCUUGCAGCUGGUGCCCGGGAAGCGGCGCUUCGGCGUUUACAGGUUCCUACCCUUCUUCUUCGUGCUCGGCGGGGCCAUGGAAUGGUUCAUGAUCAACGUCCGCAUCGGCAAGGAGACCUUCUAUGAUGUCUAUCGUAGGAAGCGCUCCGAGAGGCAGUACGAGGCGAGGAUGGAGAAGAGUGAAGUUUAGCUGGAACAUUACAAGGGGGAGGUCCCAGUGCUUUAAUUGCAUCAGUGCCAAAGCAGCGUUACUGCCACGUGGAGGGUGGGGGAAGAUGUUGGCUCUGCAAGAUGAACUGUGAUCCACACGUCUGGGUAACAUCCUCUCAGAUGGCUUUGGCAGUUCUUCCAUAUCUUUAAUAUUUUGUAUUUAAAUCCACAGUGAAAAUUUCAUUGUAUUUGGGCAUCCCCCACUAAUUUAAUGUUUGCUUAGUACUUUCAAAUAAACUAAGCUGAGUAA